UUGUAAAAACACCCACUACUGAAGGAGGAGGACCUUCAAAUAUUCCACCCACCAAAACAACACCGACACAAACAAGUGCUCUUACUCCAGCAACACCUCCAACUUCUAUACCUCAACAGACAACUACUGCAACAACACAAACCCAAAAUGAUGGAAAUUAUUGGGCAAAAGGCACAGGUUUUGGUAGUGGAACUACUCAACAGCAAUGGAGUCUUAGUCAGCAUGUUGCAAAAAGAAGGCAAGAUGAAAAUAAUGUUGCAGCAUUGUUACAUUCCUCAAUCACAACGAUUACAAGAAAAUCAAUCAACAUUUUCAAAUAAAAAGGAAGAAGAGAAACAAGAAACAACAAAUUCUGGUGAUGGAAUAGAAUUAGUUUUGCCAAUAGAGGAAUUAACAACUUCAAAGGAAGAUGAAAAGACAAAUAAAAGGAGCGAUAAGAAUGAAGAGGAAAAGAGAAAAGAAUUGGAUAUUCCGAGUAUUAAGCUUUCUGAAGAGUUUGUUGAACUUCUUUUCCGCUCCUGUCUCUUUUCUACGCUCAAUUCUUAUUUGAUGAAUGAUUCUGUUUUGGACAUUUCAAAACGUGUACACGCCUUUGAGUCUGUUAUUUUGUUGGUUGAUACAAUCGCUAAUGCUUUGCCAAUCCCAAUCAAUAAUUUAUCUAAAUUUCCAAAUGCUGCCAUUUUUGAUCAACAAGGAAAUCAAGAUAUUUUUGAUAUUAUUUUUUUGAGCGGAGAAAAUCAAAUCCAAAAACAAAUUGGCCAUAAAAAGAAAUUACAACAAAUAACUGUUGCUGAAUCUGAAUUGCUUGAUCGUUUAAAUAAAUUGGGUAAAAAUAUUGAAAUUUAUUUGAGUAAACUACAAACUGGACAUCGUACAACAAAUACAGCAACAGGGGAAAGUCUUUGGCAACGAAAUGCCAAAAGAAAAGCUUUACGAAAAACAACAGCUAUAAAUUCUUCAAAAACUCAGGCUGAUUUGGAAGAAGAGGAAGAACUUGGAAAACUUUUAGAUUUGGUUCACAGUGUUUGUUCUGCUAUUAAUAAAAAGAAACGAAUUCAUUCUUGUAUCGAAAUGGACUUUGAUGAAGUCGAAGAAGAACAAAAUAAUGAGGAAGUAAUGAUUAGCGAUAAUAUUGAACUUGAUCAAAAUGUUGCUUCUUCGUCGAAUGCUUUGCCUAAAGUGUCUGAUGCUGUUGAACGUUUCUAUUGCGAUAAACUUAGAGGAUUGCAAUUUGGUUGGGGGGUUUUUUUAAAUUAUUUUUUUCAAAAAUAUUUAUUAGACAUUCGUGUUAAGCAUUCAAAAAUGACCUUAUUUUUCAUGUAA